CCUGUCGGAGCGGGUGGAGAUCACUGAAGCAUCUCGCUGUCUCUGCCUCAGCAGGUUGUUGACUGACUGGCGAUGACUUAAUGAAGCACAACAAUUGCGAGACCCUCCCCUGUAGCUGUCUUUGCUGUUCCCCAGCCUCUGCGAUUGGAAGCACAGAGAAUAGAGGAGCAGCUGUUGGACCGAUGGAUAAGAAGCAUCAGUACGGUUCACUGGAGCGCACUGAAUGGAGCAGAGACACCCACAAAGCAGAGGACGACGUGGUGUCCAUGGCAGACUCCACCAUCACCGUGGAUGACAUCGAGGGGGAGCUCUUUAAGAUUGAGAGGAUCAGGGAUGUCCUGGUUAGGAGAGAGUCAGAGCUCAGAUACAUGAUGGAUGACAUUCAGCUCUGCAAAGAGAUUACUCGUCUGAAGAAGGAGCUUCACAAAUUAGUGUCCAUACCAGAUAAUGACAAGUCCAAUGAUGACCGGCAGAAGGAGGAAGAGCUGCUACAGCAGAUCCAAAAGCUGGUAGAGACCAGAGAUUUCCUCGUGGAUGAUGUUGAAUUUGAACGUCUCAGGGAGAAAGAGGAAGAUAAAGAAAUGGCAGAUUUUCUGAAGUCCAAAUUGCCAAGAAAUCUGAAGAAGACAGGUAUGCCAACCAGAAGGGCACCCACCCGGGCUCAGCAGACGUCUUCGCCCCUCACCAAGACAGGACUCACCCUCCUGAAAGAGUGCUGUGGCUUUACGUGCUCCAUCAUGUAGACUAAAGCCAAAUGACAGCGCUCCUCUGCAGUGCUCUUCCACAGGACUCCUUUUUCCACUUUUAGCUCCAAGAAGGACUUUAAAGCAUGGGUCGAGCAAUGACAGCGUAGUGAGCUAUCCAUCCCAGGAAUUCAGGAAGCAACUUCAUCUAUAUUUAUUUUAUUAUUAAUUUAUUAGCUGUGUCUUGGCUUUGCAGGUCAACCCAGUGUAUUUGUAUCUAUUUGUCAUUUUCACAUAGGGUUUGAAGGACAGAAACCUCAUAACCCUGGUCAUUGUAAGUAAGCUAGCACGUUCUCUUAAAGUAAAAGUGGAAAAAAAAACUACUAUAGCCCACAGGUUUAUAUCAGGAUGCUUCACUGAACUAUGAUUAUUGUCAUCUCCUCAAUAUGUGUGUAUGAGUCAGCAGGAUUCUAGACACCGCUCAACACUACAAUAAUGAAUCUGGCAUUAAUCGGGAGCUCUGUCAGGAUGAAGUUGCCUGUGAUCUGACUCUAGAUCCAAAUAGGUAUGACCUUUUGAAUAGUGGUGGUUUGUGACGGAAGAGUUAGUCAUCUAUUUCUCUCUAUUAUUCUUAAAUGAUUGGUAAGCUAGCCAGGCUCAAGGAGGGUGGCUUUUUGGCAAGACAGGUUUGGGUAAAAGGAAAGCGCAUAUUGGUGUUUGAGAUUUUGGCAAAAAUGACUAAACCUAGCCCUAACAAGUUGACAUCGAUGACAGCAGUGUUGUUCAAUAUCGAGACACAAAGCCGUACAUAUGCCACUGUACUCUCAGGACGUGGGGUCUUGUAGAUAAAGGUCUUUAGUGCACAAUGAGUCAUAUAUACAGGACAUGGAGUUCAUGGAUGUAGUGACCAAUUAAGCUAUCUUGCAUCUCUUUGUGUUGCAAAGAGGAGUUGUCGCCAUGGAAACUCACAUCUUUAGAAUGGAACAGUGAGGAAAGUUGGACGGAUCAGAGAGAUGAGACUUCAAAAGUGUAACACAUCCAAAGGCAAUUGCUAUCAUGAAAGGCAGGCGGAGAACGAAAUAAAAUUACUAUUGCCACUUCCAUUAUUUUUUUCAAUAUUCUGAAUUUCCAAAGCAUCUGAAACUCUCCCGCAUUCUUUCGGAUCAUCUACAAAACAGAGAUUAAGUAAACAUGAGAUUGUUUUACUCAGUUGAAAUGUAAAUAUGCUGAGGAUACAUGUCUCUAAAGUAGAUUCUGUUUGAGACCCCUAAAUCUAUCUAAUUGGUUUAAAUGAUGUCUCUUCGACAAGCCUUCAGUUCUUUUCUAGACUUUGAAAUGGAUACAGCUGGCUCUUCACUUGAGUGAUUGGGUCCUUUGAUCAGUCUCAGCACUGUCAUGGAGCCUCGGGUCAUGUAUCACUCAGCAACCACAUCUGAUGGCGUCAUGAAAGUCCAGAAAGGAUUCAAUGAUUAUUGAAAUACUGUCUCUAACAGCCAAAUUAAAAUAUGAUGUAGCAAGUAAACUUAGCCAUAAUAUAGGUUUGUGCAAGUUUUUUGAGAAGACAGUAUACUCUGAUGAAGGCUUCAUUUUCUCUUUCUCUGAGAUAUGAAGUGAAAUGAUGAUGUGAACCAUCUCCUAGAACAAAAGCUUUUUGUUAGUAAAGGUAGGCCAAUUUACAAAUUCGCAUGGAAAGAAAUCAUCAUACCGCCUUUCUUUUCAUGCAGAUAUUGCCUUUUAUGUUGGUUCCUAUGACUGAGCUGCACAGUGAUAAAUAAAGCUUUCUGCUCU